CUCCUAUAUCGUAUGCUAUAUCCGCUCCGGCGUACGCAGCAGCCGCACGCCGCUGAAUAAUAAAGUGGUUGUGAUUCGUGAUAUAAGGAUUUAAAUCGAGCGAGCCACAUUGCCAACACUUUCGGCAUUGAUUCUCCGGGCGGCGCGACAACAACGACGCGGCGGACCGACCGACGUGCGCUAGGGGAAACCAUCGAGGGCGCGCUGCUGCUGCCGCCGAGCGGCCGAACUGCGAACGAGCCUAGUAGCCGCGGAGCACGCCAGCGAAACAGUUGCCAGUUAGUGAUUCGCCAUGGCCUCUGCCAAAGAGACAGCAACAUUCUUCACUCACGGCACCAGCACGCAAUUCGAGCAAGUUCUCAAGCUGUAUCCGCAGGCGCUACGCCUGAAGGCCGAGAGGAAAACGAAGAAGCCGGACGAGCUCGUCAAGCUCGACACUUGGUAUCAAAAUGAGUUACCAAAGAGAAUCAAGAGCAGAGGCAAGGAUGCUCAUAUGGUGCACGAGGAGCUGGUGCAAACGAUGAAAUGGAAACAAACACGCGGUAAAUUUUACCCGCAGCUGUCCUACUUAGUCAAAGUGAACACCCCGCGAGCCGUCGUCACGGAGACCAAAAAGGCGUUCAGAAAAUUGCCCAAUCUUGAACAGGCCAUCACUGCCCUCUCCAAUCUCAAAGGCGUUGGAACAACCAUGGCUUCAGCGUUGCUGGCAGCGGCAAGUCCCGAAAGCGCGCCUUUCAUGGCCGACGAGUGCCUCAUGGCAAUUCCAGAGAUCGAAGGGAUCGACUACACUACCAAGGAAUACCUCAAAUUUGUAAAUCAUAUUCAAAGCGCCGUCGAACGACUUAACAAAUCCAAACCGUCAGACUCGACGGACCUCUGGUCGCCGCACAAGGUUGAGCUGGCCAUCUGGACGCAUUUUAUCGUCACGGACAUGCAACCUGAAUUGCUCUCUACAGUGGGUCUGGAAAAUGGCAACUCUAUCCCGCCCGUCGUCCACCAGAACGGCGACUCGCUGGACGCGACCACGUCCGACGAGAGCAACCAGGGCCCGCUGAAUGGCAAGACCAGCGUCGUCCUCGACGAGGAUACCACCUCAUUCACCGAGGACAGCAUGGACAAGCCGUCGACGCCGAUCAUCGCCAACGAAGAGACGAACGACAGCAUCGUCUCGGAGUCGACGAACGAUUCGGCGACCGUCGAAUUUAACAAGCGACCCCUCGACGACGACUCCAACUCGGACGAUCCGUCAUGCAAGAGACUUAAAGAUGAUAUAGGUGAUAAGUGACAACUACGAUCUAUUCCAUAACUGUUUUAAGUUGUAAGGUUUAUUCUUAUUGAUUUCUUUAUAUUUCUUAAGUAAGUUAAAACCAACACACAUACACACACAGACACAUACACACAUUCAACCAAAAUGAAGAGAAAACAAUUUAGCUAUCAGAGAGAGAGAUGUGAAUGUGGGAGGCCUCAUCCUACAAGUCACUUGCAACAACGCACAAGAAAUUCAAUUCAAUUUUAAUCACAACUGUCACAAACAAGUAAUGCAUGCAUUUUGGAUUUGCUAUGUGUGUCUCGAAGUGACUUCGCAACAGAUAGAUGAUAAUAAUAGUGCCGAUUGCAACUGACUUGUCAGAACGCGCGCGCGCUACACACCAACAACCACAACCAGAAAAACUUUGUAAGAACAACCCUUUUCGAGAGGGCGCUAUUCAAGGAAUUUUACUACAAAACGUCAAGGCUUCGAAAAUCAAGCGAAAGCGCAAAGAAAAAACAUUGUCUAGAACUAACUUGUGUCGUUUCACGGAGAAAUUGCUUUUAUUAUUCUUAUUUUUAUACUGCUAUCAAUUGGAUACACACAAUCUUUCUUAGAGAAAAGCAUAUGCAAGACGUUCAAAAAGUAUUUUGAUAAAUAGGUAUUUUUAUACGAUUUUUAUGGGUGGAAUUAAUGACGGCGGACGGCGCUGAUUGACGGAUUGAUCUGUUUCGGGCGUAGCGAACAGCAUGAUGAUGAUGAUGUAAUUUGCCAAUUGUUUAAUUUUAGUAUAUUUUGUUUUACGUACGUGAUUGUGCUCUCGGCGGGCGCACUUCCGAAAAAAAAAACACUGAGAUUAUUGAACCCCCAAUUUUAUGCUAUUUAUUGCGCUCGCCGCGCGCCGCCUACACGUGUUUCGAAUUCGUUUCCUAUGAGAGACCGGUAGCGACUUACUGAUUGAAAAAAAAAAUUGAAAUAGAAUUGCAAAUGAUGGAAUAAUACUUAUUUAUCAAAAACUACACCAGUUACCAAUAUUUACUUGAAGUGUUUUUUUAUAAACGAGUAUCAAUUUAUUGUAAUUGUCACACGAGAUGAUUAGGAUAAUCAUGUUUUUUUAAGAGUCGACACACAAAAGGAAAAUUAAAUUAUUAUUAACUGGAAUAUCAUUCUUGAUUUAAUUAUUAUGAUUAUAUAUUAUAUAUAGAUAAUAUUCACACACACACACGCAAACGUAAAUUUAGGUAAUUUAUUUUUCUGUUCACAUAAAUAAUUCUAUGUUAAUAAUGCUAUUCUAUUUGAUAAUGAUGGAAACAAAAAUGUAUUUACGUUUUCGUAUGGCGCGGUUUGGUCGGUGACAGAAUUACAACCCCCCGGAGGCGGCACACACACACACACACACAUACAUACACUACAAUAUACACACGAGCAUUAUCCAAAUUCGAUUUAACUCUCGAACCCCCCGAUCAUGCGUAUUUGUACAUUCCACGUUAAGUAGUCGCACAAUUAUUGGCGAUGACGAUGACGAUUGUAUUGUAAAUAGCUGUCUUUAUGUUACGUUUACGUUGGGCACUUAGAUUGCAAGCGAAUGUAAAGUGCAUCUUGGUUAUUGUCAAUUUUUCGCAUCGACUUGUCGUCGGUAUCGUUUUGCGUUCGUUCCUUUAUCUCACACACACCACACGCGCGACAACCAACAGCAGCAGUAAGCACCACACACAACCACAGCUAGCAGCUGGCGAAUUACGCAGGACAAACAAACCAACAAACCGAAGAAGUAACGAAUUGACGGUACAAACGACACACACCAAGCAUAGGUUUUAAGUUCGAUUGGUUUCUGCGUUUACUUGUACACAAAACAAUAGCCUACAGCUUAGAUACUUAGAGUACAAAUAAUCAAACAAACUACUGCAGCAUUUGCAAAACAAAUAAACAUGGAAGCAAAAAACAAACCUAAAAAACAAACUAUAGACACAGUGGCGGUCGACGACGAACGUGCCACGUGCGCAAAGUGUAAUUUGUCACACUACUGUAAUUAAAUCGAUGAUUAAUUAAUCGAGCAACUGAUAACGAACUCACUAUUAACUAUUAUCCUAGGCGAAUGAUUGUACGUCGGAAUUGUAUGCGCUGCGCACUAGGCGCGCACCUAAUCGGAGCCGAUCGACGGUGUGAACAUGUUUUUGCAAACACUGAACUAAACAAAACAAAAAAUGAAAUAAGACAAGAAACAAAACAAGCGCUUGAUUUAAAAAUGAUUGCAACUGAUAAUUUAAUGAAUAAAUAUAAACAAAGUAUAUUAUAUAUUCUAUUAUUAAAAAAGUAACGAAAACACAAAAAAUAUAGCAAAACAAAAUGACGAUGAUGAAAUAAAAUAAUAAAACCACAAAAUGAAAUUGACGAUGACGAUGAUUAAAUGAAACAAAUAACUGAAUGCCUUUAUGAAAUAAUACUGUAGUAUGUAUACACUUUUACAAAACUAGUUAGUUUAUUUAUGAUAUACAUAAUACUAUUACGAUAACAUAGCGAAGAAGUGUUAUUUUUAUCUUAACGAGACAAGAACGACAGGCACGCCGACGAGGAUUUUACCUCCUCCCCCCUGUGUUGAGAGAGGCGGCGCGGUGGCGCGAACGAGAGAGCGGAGCGCGCAGGAAUGCUUGUGCUUUCCGUUUUACAACCCCCCCCCGAGUAUGAUUACCGAUUUUGUUUGUGCUCUUUUUGGCGAAAAUUGGUGCGUUUGCGACGUCUGCAGAUGCGAGUUCGUUUGUAUAUUGUUUGUACCUUUUGUUACAUGUGUAAAUGUGGUAAGAUGCUCGUCGUUUGUAAUAAUCAAUUACUGUAAAAUAUCAUUUGUAGAUGAGUUUGAGGUUUUUUGUAGGAUAUUUUCAUAAAUAUAAAUCUUUCACGGCUAA